AUGGAGGGGGAUGUCCAUGGAAAGAGAGCUUCAUCGUCAGUAGUUCAGUCCCGUUUGUCACCUGCAGCUCAGCCCUUUUCAUUGAACACCUUUUCUCACCAACCGUCUUGGUCUUCGUUGAUUUCAGCAGACCCCUGUGCUUCCAUGCUCAAACCCGUGUCUGAUAUCAACUUGGAAGAUGACCCAUUUUCCACUGCACCUUAUUCAUUCUUGGAGUUUGUUGAGGAUUCUCAUUUUCUACAGUACCCAUCUGCAAAUGCUGCCUCAGACUUGGGUUUUAUGCCCUCGGCCUCUAAGGAGUCCUUAACCAAUUACACGGAGCUUUCAUCAUUUGGGUACAGCCAAGCCAGUUUCUCCAGCAACAAGAAUGCUUCAUUGGCUUAUGAAACCUUGCUUGAACAAGUGGCUUUACAAAACUUGAUGCUUACCAAUGAUAAAGGAAAAGGAGGCAAAGAUGGCAAACCUCUCUCUAGUGAGGGUAUAGGUGCAUUACUGAAGGCAACAUCUGAGCCACUAAUUACUUUAACCAAUAUUCCUGAUGAUUUCAGUUUGAAACAUCUUGGUCCCAAAGGAGCUGUUUCAAUUUCAAAAAAUUUGGAUGAGAAUGACUCUGAUUUGGACUCACCUUGUUGGAAAGGAACCCUGGCUUCUAGGCAAUAUGGAGUUUCAAGGUCUUUGAGUUCAGACUUUGUUGGAAAUGAACAAGAAGUGCGUAAUAGUUUGAAUCCACUGGCACCUCAAUUUUUUCCUCGUCAUGCUAAAGCAAUUGUAGAUUACCAUGCAAAUGACUACAUUGGAGAUGAUUUCUCAUCUUUCCGAAAGUGUGAAUCUUCAGCCGUUAAUUCAUCCUCCAAAGGACAUGGACCCGUUGAUCAAGCAGGAUCAAAGUCUUCUUCAUUGAUUAAAGGAAUAGGGACUCAGACUUCUAAUGACAUUCAUGAUCUGGAAAGAGUUUAUCCCCUGCUUAAUAACUCAGAAAGUGGCUCUGUGCUCAAUUUGCCUGAGGGUUUGUCCAAGUUGUCGUCUACACAUUCAAAAUUAGAUGUUCCCACAAUACUUAAUACGAUGCACGAUCUCUCAGAAUUGCUUGUACAGAAGUGCUCGAAUGAUUUAGAUUCACUAAAUGAACACAAGCAUGACUUGAUGCAGAAUAUAAUCAAUAAUCUUUGUAUGUACAUCCAACAUGGGGAUGGAGGAGAGGUUCCAAUCUCUGAUAUAACUCUUACAGGCACUCCGUACUGUCCUGUUAAAUCAACAGAGCUGCACAAGUGCUCGAACACGGGGUUUCAAGUAACAAGGAAAAAGGCCUUGGCUGUUCCACAAGAGAUUAAUUAUCAGAAUGACCGUGAGGGGUGCAAGGUUAAUUCUCAUGUUUUCACUAAGAGAAAGUUGGAUUCCUUUCCUUCAUGUAGUGGCGUAGGCACUGAGAAGAGCAAUGACAUCGUUCAGGUUAUGGGCAACGCGUUGGGAGACAAUCAUUUGACCACGGAAGAGUUAGACCCACAAGCUUCGGUGUAUAAAAAAUUAUGGCUUCAGGCUGAAGCGGCAUUAUGUUCCAUGAAGUAUGAAACUUGUGUCUUAUGCAUGCAAUUGGAAAUGGGUGGCCGCAAAUUAGACAAAAAUAAGGUUUCAGGCAAGCUAUUGACAAGAGACAUACACUAGCUGUAGACGUGUUCUCCGGAUACUACCAGAAGGAGCUGUUGGUGUUGGAAGCUAGAGACUCUUCACCUGGUUGUAUGUACAAAUAAUAGUCGAAAUGCAGUAUAUAAUAGUACUAGUUAUAUAGAGUGACUUGCAUUUAGGGUUCAAGUCUUUAGAAUGCAAGGUUGAUGGUUCUGAGUGUCUGAAUGGUGGAAGCAUUUUGCUUGGACAGUGGAUAAAAUUUCCAUUUUAUGAUGACACAUACGUAUUUUGGUAAAA